UCGGCACGACGCGCUAACAUCGAAUGGCUAAAUAAUCUCUCCAUAAAUCCAUCAUUAUUUUCCCUCAAAAUACCAUCUGCCCCCCUUCAAUUCAAUCUAAAUAAACUAGUGAUUGUGUUCAAAAUAAUCAAAAUAAUUUCCGAAGCAUGUCAAUACGUAUAUAGUCUUCAAAUUCAUCUAACACAGACGUUUGAGGUUAUGUUACUCCCAAGGAUGUGCGAGGUGGUGAGUACCGUGGGUCGUUUAAAUCUCCUCCGACUACCAAUUCGAAAGAACGCGACAAAAGCAAAACUUGUGAAAAAUCGAAUGAAAGAGGAUAAAGCAAACUUCGGACCACUUCUGGAAACUGCAAAAGAGAGGAAAAGGAAAUUAAAGUCAGCGAGGAAAAGUAAAAAUACAGAAGUACCUGACGUACCUGAAGCUGGAAAUUCUAAAAAUGAUGUAAACGAUGCAGAAUUAUCCUGGACAAUUAGCACAACUAAACUAGGAAAUUUAAAAUUUUUACGCAAGACUGAUAAAGACGAUAAGCAAAAAAGUUCUUCUCGACAAUCAGAAGUCCAACAAUUAUCAAAGUUCACACAACUCGUAGAGUCCAACAACCCCAACAAGACUACCAAAACUAUCAUGACUAAGAUAUUAAACAGUGACAAUCCCAGGGAUCAAUCAGGUCAAGAUGAGAUUCUUCCCUUUUCAAGCCCAAAAAUUCAGAGAAAAGUUGAAGAUCUUGCCGAGGGAGAUAUCGAGACGAAUGAUGAUAAAUCUUGUUAUGGAAGUAUUGGAGAAGAAACUUUGUUGAAAUCUGGGAGAAGUGAUACAUUGUAUUUUCCAAUAACAAAUAGCUGUAAGGGGCUGAAUGAUGAAUGGGAGAAUCGAGGGAUUGUUUCAUUGAAGCCAGGCGAGCAGAAGGAAUAUUGCUUACCAGGAGUUACAAGGAUUUUGAAUAAGACAAUGUCAGAGGAGGCCAAGUUAAUAUUGGAGAAGUGGAAGCAGAAAAUGAUUCUGAAGUUGGGAGAUGAGGGAUUUGACGAAUACAGUAAAAAGUUAUUGGAGGAUAGUAAAGCGUUGCACUUAUUAAUACAAAAGAGUCUGAGGAGAGAAGAAAUUCCUGAGGUCCCGGAGCAUUUGAAGCUAAGUUUCAAUAGUAUAAAAUUAACUUUGAAGGAUCUGUCCGAUGUGAGGAUGCUGGAGUCUCAUGUGAUUCAUCCUGCGCUGGGCUACCGAGGGUUUAUCGAUUGUGUUGCCAGUUAUCGGGGGAAUCUUUGUAUAAUCGAUUGGAAAAAAUCGGAGAAGAUCAAGACCCUCAGUACGACUUACGACUCACCCCUACAAGUCAGUGCGUACAUUGGAGCCCUCAAUGCCGAUCCAAAUUAUCCGUUCCAGGUAAAAUCUGGCCUCGUGGCAAUAGCGUAUACAUCUGGCCAGCCACCCUCUGUUUUCGAAUUCAGUGCGGCAAGACUAGAAUUUUACUGGAGAGAAUGGCUAAAGAGACUUGCAAAAUAUAAAUCUCUGACUAAUAUUUGAAACUGUAAAAUUUCCGAGAAUAAAACAUUUUUGUAUUGUUGAA